UCUUUCUCGUACCUCCCCGACUAAGGGUAAAAUUUUUGAAUAACCAAGACGUUUAUAAAAUCCGAAAUAAGCGUCAGGUUCUCCUUAUAUUUCAUAUAUCCCAUUAUUUUCACUAACAAAAGAUCUGUUAUGAAGAUGGGAUAUAUCGGCCCACUUCUUCUGGUACUUCCUCUACAAAGGAUCAAAGAAAGCGAAAUAAGCAUCCAACUCUCCUAAAAUUCGACAAAUACAAACAUUUUUGAUAAACAAUUAUCUGUUGUGCUGAUGAUAUAUAUCUGUGAACCCCUUCUGGUACCUCAUUUACAAAGGGUCACAAUUUUCAAUACUUGUAUCUGUCUGUUAUAUCCCCAUUUUAUAUUAAUAAGUAUUGGCAACUCUAUUGAUAUUUAUGAUCUGUCAUUCAUCAUUCCUUUUUGUUAGUCUUAAGUUAUCCGUUGUGAAAUAAACUACUGAAAUGAAAACGCGUGUAUUAUUUCAACCCCUUCAAGUUACAACAGAUUGGCGACGAGAUAAAAAGUAAAAUUCAUUUCGAUUAAAAUAAAUUCAAACAACUCAAGAUGAACGCAGAUCAAUUUCAACAAUUACUGGAUAUUUUCAACAAAAGUCAAAGCGAAUUGCUGAAACAACUUGCAGAAAGGCAAACAGUUUUCCAUCCGCAACCAGUACAACAACAAAAUGCGCCGCCAUUACAAAUAAUAAUUCCACCAUUUGAGCAAUACGAUGCUACCAAGGAAAACUUCAAAUUCUACAUGCAAAGGUUCGAGAAUUAUCUGUCAAUGAGAGGAGUAUUAACCGAUAAAGCGGUAUGUCACCAGAUACUGAUAAAUUCGAUUGGCCCUAAACAUUUUAUGCUGAUGGUAUCCUUAGUGGCCCCACAAAAGAUAAGUGAUGUUGAGUAUGAUGUAUUGGUACGCAAAUUGGAGACACAUUUAUGCCCAAAGAAAAACGUUUUUGUACUUCAACACCGAUUUUUAUCAACGUACCAAGGGGAAGGUCAAACACUUUCCGAAUAUGUAGCUAUGCUCCGCCGAGAUUUGAACGAGUGCGAGUUUGUGUCAACUUGUGACUGCAAAGCUGACAUAUCCAACAUUUUCCUUCGAGCUCAGUUCAUUCGGGGAUUAAAAGAUGGGCACAUCAGAGAACAACUCCUACAGUCGGAAGAACCAGACUUCAACAAAAUAUUAGAAAAAGCCGUGUCAUUGGAAGCUUCAAGAAUAGACAGCCGGGAGUUGGAAUCCAAAAACAGCGCAACAAGUGACGUCAACAAAGUACGAUCCAGAUCAUCAAAUCGAAAUGGCCGACAGAAAUUUCAAAGGUCUUCUUCAAGGAGUUCAACAUCUUCAAAAACAAAGAAUUCGUUGCACAUUUCCUUGGACAAUGGCAGUACCAUAGAUGUACGAUUGGUUACAAAUCAGGGUCGUUGUAGUACAACGAAACCCGAAACCGAAUCAGCCAGGCAAUAUUCACGUUUGGAAACACCCUCACCCACACUGUCCUCAUCAUCAACAUAUUCCACAACAUCGGGUACAUUACAACAAACCUCCACCAAAGCAAAUCUAGUCAAUGAAGAGCAUACGUAUUUCUGUAAUCCCGAGCUAAAAGAAGAAAUGGAGGCGCUGGAAAAUCAACUGACGGCACGUAUAGUCUUGCAAAAUUGCACGGCUGGACAUUCUUUAAGAAGAUUCUUUCCCGAUGAUCCACAUAUGGAAAAUGCCCCUUUGAUGCCUUUAAAUCCACCACAAAAUGAUUAUAAUUUUGAUUUAAGUCAAGAUGAGGGCAUAUGUGAGCUAUAUGAUAUACCCUGUUGUCCGUGAUAGAGGAAAUCCAAAAAAUACACUUUUCGGUGCACAUUUAGGAACAACCAAACCAAUAUCCUUUCCAUCCCCCAACCAUUAUAAUUCUUCCCUGUGUUCCCCACAAAAACACAAAACACAAUGAUCGUCGAGAAAUUAGUGCAAAUAUUUAAAGGUGUAAUAAUACAUAUAUACGUAGCAAACUUAGUUGAAUUAAUCUUAUGACCAUCAUCAACCAGAAAAUGGGAAGCAAGAAAGAUUAUAGAUAGAUUUGUAAAGUAGUCCAUUAACAUUUAAGUUUUUAUGUUUGACUUAAUUUUAUAUUUUUCUUUAGUUUGUUUUUUUAACUUGAUCAGCUUUAUUAAACUUCGUGGUUUUCGAGAUGCCUCUCUCUUUUGUGAAACCUUUAAGGCCGGAAGUUAUACAUAACAUAACAAAGCUAUGGGUCUAUUACAUAACAAGGAAGUCAAUUAAGAGGGAAUGUUUCCAAAAUUUUUUUAAAAGAAAUCAUCUCCCUAGUAGAGAGAGUAAAGUCACCCUAUUAAACAGUGAUUGACAUAGGUAAGAAGAUAAAUGUUUGGACAAUACUGAUAAAAAGAUGUGCUUUAAAUAAUAGCUCAGUAUCUUGUCACUAAAGCGUUAUAUUUUUUCACAAAACCCGUAAGCGGAGCCGUAAGACAUGUUUUUCAUUUUCAAUUAUCUCUUCAAGUUUUUUUCUGUUUAGCUGAACAUGAUAUUGUGCAAUGAAUAUGAAAUUCCAGUUUCUAUGAAAUCAAAGUCGAACGAGUGUGACAGUGGAAUUACAUGGCUCUAAUGCCAUGUAAUUUAGUUUCGCACAACUUUUAGGGGAAAUACCCAAAUACCCACGCAAAAUGAUAUUCAUAUUUUGGACAACCUGAUCAGAGUAUCAUUGGACGUAAGGCUCAAAAUUAAUAAUGACUUGUUAUGACUAACUAGAAGACGACUAGAUAUGGAUGCAAUUCAAAUGCACAAUUGCUGACAAAACACCCAAUGGACGUAUAUCUCAAAAUUAAUAAGCAGCUCAUUGACUUAAGCUUAAUUUUGUUGAUAGUAAAUAUCAUUUCUCUCCUGUUGAACUCUGCUGAAGCAAAGCGAUGGGGACAUAUCUUUCUCGCAGUUUUGCAUGAUAAAUACCCGUAUCGGCCCGAACUUACCACCUCUUUCUUUUUAACCGAAUUUAACUACAUUUGGUCUAUAGCUAAUCGCCAAUACCAUACUUCCUCUUUUGGUUCCUGUUCAACAAAACGAUGUGGUAUAAUACCUUUUUUGAGCGUCCUGAUCAUCGUUCGACGGGCCAUGAUUCAAAAUAAAUAUUGGUGUUAUGAACUACCACAACAUGGACAUAAUGGAUUUUUUUUUUGGUAUCAAUAACAGGGUUACGGCCAUUUCAAUAUCUAUUUUAAUAUUAAACUUUACCUUUUUACUUUUCCAUGCAGGGUCGACUAAUUGCGGACUAGACGAAAAUGAGAAUUUGCUUAUGAGAAAAAGUUAAUAUAUAUGGGAAAGAAUUGAAAAUCGAUAAAUUUGUUUUCUUUGUAAUGCUUGCAAAAAACAAAAACUUCCCCUCCUAACAAGACCAUCUGGUCGGUGCUUUCGCCAUUAUGGACCUGGGAAAGGCGACUAGACUAGACGAAAAUGAAAAUAACUUCCCCUCCAAAUUAAACCCCCCUGCUUGGUGUUUAGACCAUUAAGACCCUCAGAAUAAGAAAACACGGAUAAAACUCCUCGUCAUCAUUUUUAAUUUUUCUAAAAGAUUUCUCCACGACCACGGUUCGUGUGGUUCUUUUGAACAAAAAUAAUUAAAACAUGAUUUCGUCGAUAUUUUUCGAAAAGUUAUAUCCCUCUAGGACGUAUUCUGUCAUUAAGGGAUUAUUCUGUCAAGGUGUCCUACAUAUAAUAGAAGUCUUCAUUGUAUAUUAUAGGCAAUAUAACACCUCUCGGUUUCCUGUUGCCCAAAGAAAUCUUUAGGAUAUCCUAUAGACUAUAGAAGAACUCUGAUGAAUAGUUGGGUUUGUUUUAGGCCCGAGUCUUGAUUCUAAAUGCUUGUAGCUUCUUGAGAAAUACGGUUUAUGGUAGGAGAAUCCUUUCCUGGAGAACCAUUCGAUAUUUUGAAAACUGUUAGUGUAAAAAUUCAAAUUAAAAACUGAUUAAAAAAAUCAGGAAAAAUAUUGCAAACGUUUUCUACUUCUUUCUUAAUUGGCUUCCAAAUUUUUCUUCUAUUAUUCUUUAUUUUUUAUUAAUAUUUUAAAUUUUUUACUUUUUGUUUCGUUCUCUUUUUUUUUGCCCAUACUAGACGAUUUGAAAAUUCAUAUAUUUUUUUGUUUGAUAGCAAUAAAUUUAGGUAAUUGUAUAUAAACAAUACUAGACUGUGGCGGCAUGUCCAAAAUUAAAUAAUUUUAUUCAUGAUUUCAAAAUUACCAUUUAUUUCAAUUAUCUAUCUCCUAUCGAAUGAGUUUAUAAUUGCUAAAUAAUAAUAGAUUUUAAAUAGCUUUAAGACAACGUCUUGUAUUUUAAAUUAAUACUGACUUUUAAUGAUAAUAAUAAUAAAGAACUUGCCUAUUUAUUCAGCA